GCCAUUAAUUUCCGGCUGUUUUUUCGACGCUGUUUUAUUUUUACCUGUAAAAAUAAUAUAAUAAAUAAAUCAAUAUUUAAUAUCAACAUUCCAUAAAUAAGAUUAAUUUUUUUUAUGUGUAUAUUAAUGUGAUUUUUAUUUAUAAUAUUGUGUGUAUUUUAAAAAUAAGUGCACGUGGAUAAAAAAUACUUUGGACAACAAGCCGACAUGACGCUUUUGUGUGUGUAUCAUCAGCAAAUAACGACAAGAGACAGUCACAUAAAACGACAACGAAAACACGUCGAUUGCAUAAAUAAUAAUUUUAUUUCUUAUGAAUAAUUAUUUGUUCAAUUAUUUGUAAUAAAAAUCAUACAAUUAUUAUAAUAUUAGAGUUAUUAAAAAGUUAAAAAAAAACAUUGAUAAUCAUAUCGGAAUAAUAUAGAGAAAAAAAAAAAAAGUUGGUGAAAAAAUAAAAAAAAACAAACGGGUUUAAGAGCGUGGAUAUCAAACAAUUUAAUUAUAAAUUUGAUAUAUUUAAUUUAAAAUAUAAAAAAUAGCUAAUUAUAUUUUUAAUUAUCUAAUUGUAGUUAUAAGCUUGAAUGUUUACAUUUGGUUGUGUAUUUUUAUCUGGUUUUCAUAAAAGUUAACCUAGUUUAAGUGAUUAAAAAAAGAGGAUAAAAUAAAAAAAAAAAAAAAAAAAAAAGAGUAGUAGCGCGAUAAUGGAAGAAGUAGUUGCUGAGGUGAAUGGCGGGAACGCUGAGAUGGCGCAGGAUGAUACUAACCUCGAAACAACAGAUACAACUGAGUCCGAGGUCACAGAAACUUCAUCAAAAACAACAACAACAACAACAACAGAAUCACAAGAUGAUACAACAGAAUCGCCAGCAAUAAGUACAACAGCAAUAUCAACAACACCAUCAACACCACCACCAUCAACAACACCAACAGUAGCAUCAGUCAACAAUGACACUACUGAGAUUGAAACAACAAUAAAAAUGGAAGUUGACGAAGUUAAUGGUGAUGUUAAAGAUGAUGAAGCUGUUGUUAAAAAAAUUGGUAAUUCAACAAAACGUAAAUUACGUAAAUCGAAAUCAAAUUCAACAAGUAGUGUUGAAACUGACACUAAACUUAAAACAAGAGGACAAAAACGUAAAUCACCAGAUUUAAUUGAUAAUAAUGUUUCGAUAAUUAAAACUGAUGAUUCAUCAAUUGAUGAUGAUUUUUUUGGUUUUGAUAUUACAAAAAUUGAUGAUAAUCGUGCUUUUCAAAUACUUCAAAAACUCAUUGCUGAAACUGAAUCUGGAGAAAUUUCACCAUUAAUGUCAAAACGUAAACGUUUAUUACCAAAAUUAAAUCGUCAAAAAGAUGAUAAUAACGAAAUGAUAAUUGAUAAUGAUGUUAAAACAAAAACCCAAAUUGAAACAGAUAAAUUAAAAAAUGAUGUUAAAAUUAUUAAUAAUAAUACUACAAUUGAUAAAACAUCAGAAUCAUUAAAAUUAAAUGAACAACGUUCAAUUUACACAGAACCAUUUAAAUAUGGUUGGAGACGUGAAUUAAUUUGGAAAGGUUUACCAGAUUCAAAUCAAAAAAGAUCAGCAGAUAUUUAUUAUUAUUCACCAAAAGGAAAAAAAUUAAAAAGUUUAAAAGAAAUAUCAGAAUGUUUAACAACAAAAGAAUUGACACUAGAUAAUUUUACAUUUAUUAAUGAACCAAUUGGUGUUAAAGAUCCAGCAUUGGAAAUAAUAAGAGAUGCUAAAAGACUUAGAUCAGAUUCAACAGGUGGUACACCAUCAAAAAAAAUUGUUGCUACAAAACGUACAUCAAUUAGUAAAAAAUUACCAUCACCAACACAAGUUGUUGUUACUUCUAAAACACCAACAAAUAAAUUAUCAUCACCUAAAAAUAAUGCAUCUGCUGGCUUUAAAGUCAAAAUGCCAAUUAAAAGAAGUUCUAUAAAAAAAGAUAUAAAAACUACAAAAGAUCCAGAAAUGCUUCCACCACAAUGGUCAUCAUCAUCAUCAACAACACCAUCACGUAAAUCUCAAGGAACAACAGAAAAAUCAUUAUCACCUAAAAAUAAAAAACUACCAAUCAAAGCCAAACUACAGGAACCAUGCAGUAUUAAAUGUUCAUUGAGUAUGGGACUUAUACCUGAUCUUCGAUGCAGUAUUUGUCUUUGUCUUUAUCAUCUAAAUUGUGUUGGUGGUACUGAUAGUUUGACAAAAAAAAAAUACAUUUGUAAGAAUUGUCAACGACCUGGAGAAACAUUAGCACCACUGACAAGUACUGGAAUAACACCACCACCAUUAAUACCAAUAAGUAUGAUUGGUACACAUAGUGCAAAAUCAAAAUUUUCAACAACUGGUUUAACACCAUCAAUAAUACAAAAGCCAACAAAAACCGAUAAUGAUAAUAUAGUAUCAAAUAAUAAAUCAUUAAAAACAAGUAAUUCAACAAAUAUCAUUGAUAAAAAUAAUAAAGAAGAAUCAAUUAAAAAAUCAUUAAUUAGUCGUAGAAAAGAAUAUAUUCAUGGUCAUGAUGGUUCAGCACUUAGACCAGCACAAAAUAUUGCAAUACUGAAUGCUAAAUCUUACAUUGUUAUACCUAAAAAUAAUGCAAUGUCUGUACAACCAGCACUUAAAUCAAGACAUAGUUUGUCUGAUAAAUCUGGUUAUUAUCAAGAUAAUUUAUUGAAUGAUUUGAAUGAAAGAAAUAUUAUUGACAAAAAAAAUAUAACAACAAAAUCAUCAGACAAUAACGAAGAUGAUUUGGAAAAAAGUAAAGAAAUUAUUCAAGAUAUUAUUGAUGAUGAGAGGGAACAAAGAAGAUCACUUGAACCUUCUUGUGAUGAUGAUGUUGCAAUUGAUGAAAAUAAAAAAGAUGAACCUAUGGAACAAGAUCCAACAAUUCAUGAUGUUAAUGAUAAUAAAAAUGAAGAAAAUAAUCAAAUUAUUGAGGAGAAAAUAUCAGAGGAGGUUAAAGAAAAUCUUGAGAUUAAUAAUGACAAUGAUGAGAUGAAAAAAAAUAAUGAUAUUGAAAAAGAAAAUAUUGAAGAAAGCAAUAAAAAUUUAGAACAUGAUACAAUUGAUAAUUCGAAAAUAAUAGAUAAAGAAAAUGAAACAAAUAUAAUUGAUAAAAAAGAAGAAAAAAUUUAUAACAAAAAAAAAUUGCCAAUGGAAAUGAAUCCAAGGGACUAUUUCAUGGUAUCAGUGUGUGCUGGUUACAAUGCAUUAUCUCGAAUAUUCCAGUAUCUAAAAGUUCAAGAAUUACUUCGUGCAUCACGUGUAUGUAGAAUGUGGCGUGAUAUUGCUGCUCAACAAGUAUUAUGGAAAACAGUACGUAUGAAAAAUAGCCAAGUAACUGAUUGGGAUGGUCUUGUUGCUUGUUUAAAACGUCAUGGAACACAACAUUUGGAUUUACGUAAAAUGAUUAUAUCAGAUGAGCCAAAUAAUUGUUGGGAUAAAUUUAUCAAAGUCAUACCAAGUGUUGCAAGUAUUAAAAAACUUGAUUUAUGUCGUUGUCCAGCAAAUGUCGUACAAGAUAUUAUGAAAAAUUGUCCACAUAUUGAAAUAUUAAACGCAACGUCAAUUCAAUGUCAAUCAUUAAAUAUUGAUACAAUUGAAAAUAUGACUAAUUGCCAAGAAUUAAAACUAAAAGCAUUAAAUGGUAUGUCAUUAAAAAAUAAUAUAACACCAAUUGAAAAAUUAAAUAAAUUAUCAUUGUUGAGUUUAACAUCAAUUAAAGAUCUUGGUAAACAAAAUAUCGAAGCAAUUGGAUCAUUAAUUAAUUUAACAACACUUGAACUUGGUGAAUGUUCUGAUUUUCCAUCAAAAUUUGGUACAGAUGUAUUAUCAAAAUUAAAUAAACUCGAAAAAAUAAGAUUAGAAAAAGGACAAAAUACAUGUUGUACAUUUGAAAUUAUUGAUGGUAUAUCUAAACUUGAAAGUAUACAACAAGUUGAAUUAAUUAAUUUUGAUAUUAAAAUUGGAUUUGAUAAGUGUAUUGCAUCAUGUAGUAAUAUCAAAAGAUUAUUAAUAAUACCAACAUAUGUAUCACAGUCAGCAACAUCUAAUAACAUGAUACUUAGUGGUGUUACUAAAUUAUCUGAUACAUUGACUGAUUUUAUUUGGGGUAUAACAACUGAGUUACUGGGUGUUACUGAAUUAUUUGUCUCACAAUCAGCUGAUGCUGCUAAACAAAAAUCAUUAAAAAAUUUAAUACCAGUUUCAAAACCUGUACCGUGUUACAAUUUAAUUGAAAAUAUUCAAGAUGAUGUUCCAGUUGAAAAAGAUAAAAAAGAAGGAAGUACAACGAAUCCAUCAAUUGAAGUUUUGGCGUUACAUCAAUUAACUAAAUUACUUUUGGCAGCAUUACCUAAAACUCGUAUAAAAAUAUUGACAACGCCAUUUGCAGCAACGUGGCGACAAAGUAUUUCCGACACAAUAUCGCAGUGAAUAAAUUUAUAUCCCUCUUUUUCCUAAACUUUUUUUUUUUUUUUUAAAUAAUAAGAAUCAUAAUUAUGCCUAGUUAAUAAAAAAUAAUACAUAAAAUAAACAGCGAGAAUAACUAUGAACCAUAAUUAACAAUAAAUUUAUAUACAUUUAAUGAAAAUAUUUAUGUUUUGUUUUUCCAUUUUGUUUAUUAAUUUGGAAUUGUAAAUAAUUCAUUGUUGCAAAUUUUUUCUUUAUUAAAAUUUGGCAUAAUUAUGAAAACUGUAAUUGGAAUAGAAAAGCUAUUGUUUUUUUUUUUUUUUUUUUUUUCGAUUUACAAUGAGUUAUUUAGAAAUUUAAGAAUAAUGUUUAAUAAUAUUUUGGAGUCAAUAGAGACUACCAUUUAUAAAAUUAUUUUAUCACAAUCAAAUUUUUUUCUACAUGAAAAAUAAGGAAAAAUAGUAAUUGGUAAAAUUGUAAUUGUUUUAUUUUUUAUUUGUUUGCCCUCUUAUAUAUUUGAUUAAGUUUUUAAUGUAAAAAAUUUAUAAAUAUAUAUUGAGGAUUAAUAUUUUGGAAAAAAAAAAAUAAGACAUUGUUUAUUUCGAUAUUAUAAAUAAAUUAUAAUUAAGUAAAAAAGAAUUAAGACAAUAUUAUAAAUAAAAUUCACAUUUCAUAUUAAAAAACAAAA